CCAGCGGGACCUUAAAGGGCGCGCCGCUCGGGCCCUGCAACCCGGCCACCGCCUCCCGCCGCCAUGCGACCCCGGGGGCCCGCGCCGCAGUGGCCGCUGCCCUGGGGAGCCCUGGCCUGGGCCUUGGGCUUUGUGGGCAGCGUGGGGGGCGCGGGGGACCCUCCGCCCGGUGGGGUGUGCUGGCUGCAACAGGGCCUGGAGGCCACAUGCACUCUGGUGCUGAGGACGGACGUGAGCCAGGCCGACUGCUGUGCCUCCGGCCGCCUGGACACCGCCUGGUCCAACCUGUCGCACCCCGGGGACAAGCUCAGCCUGUUGGGCUUCCUGGGCCUGGUCCGCUGCCUGCCCUGCCGAGACUCCUGCGACGGCGUGACGUGCGGGCCCGGCAAGGCCUGCCACAUGCGGGGAGGCCGCCCGCACUGUGAGUGCGCCCCCGACUGCGCUGGGCUGUCCGCACGCCUGCAGGUCUGCGGCUCGGACGGCGCCACCUACCGGGACGAGUGCGAACUGCGCGCCGCGCGCUGCCGGGGCCAGCCGGACCUGCGCGUCAUGUACCCGGGCCGCUGCCGCAAGUCCUGUGCGCAGGUGCAGUGCCCGCGGCCGCAGUCGUGCGUGGUGGACCAGACGGGCAGCGCGCACUGCGUGUUGUGCCGGGCGGCGCCCUGCCCAGAGCCCCCAGGGCCUGGCCAGGAGCUCUGCGGCAACAACAACGUCACCUACCUGUCGUCCUGCCACCUGCGCCAGGCCACCUGCUUCCUGGGCCGCUCCAUCGGCGUGCGCCAUCCCGGCAGCUGCGCAGGCACCCCGGAACCCACGGAAGCCGAGUCAGAGGAGGAGAACUUCGUGUCCCCAGGUUCUGGAGGGGAGGGGCUGUUCUGUACUGCUGACCAGGUGCCCAGGCCACUUGGAGUCCCCCCUGCUUCUGGACCCCGUGUCUGGUGUCACCUCCAAGCUGACUGCCACACCCAUGGGUGACACAUCCAGGACCCUUGUCCCACAAAGCACUUCCUGGCUGGGUGUCCAUCCCCAGUUUCCAACAGACUCUCUGGACUAGAGGGGCCCCCAGCUCAGGCUCUGUUUCAUUGCCUGUGUCCGAGACAGACCAGCACCCCAAGUUUUUGUAAGGGAGUGCUGGAGCAGUUUUGCUCACCCUCUGCCAACCCCAACCCCCAAAAUGUGCCUUAUCUGUCAGUGCCUGAGUGGGGGUGCCUCUGAGAGCCCCACCCCUAAGGCAGCCUUACCUUGGGGCCCUGAGUUGCCAAAGAAAUAAAAAAUAUAAAGAAAGGG